UUUCUUUCGGGACUUAGUCUCAAUCUCUAUUAAGAGAGCUGUAUCAACAUUAACACUUUAAUAAAGUGCUACCAUCCAGCAACCUCUGACUCUUUGGCCAUUCUCUGCGCUGCCUUGCCACUUCUUCAGGUUCUCACCGAGGUCGAGCAACCCAGGGAAGGAGCAGCGGUGCCUGCAUUCAUCCAUUGAUCCCGUCAUCCGGUACCUUUCUACGCAUCAUCAUGGUUAACCCCCGCCGAACUUCUUCCGUUGGACGCGAAAUUUCCCUCCGUGCCGCGGGUAUACGCCGCAGGCGUGCCUCCCGGUCGGUACUUAGGCUCCCUACAGCUCGUCAGUUGUUUGCCGACGAGAACGACUUAACAAGCAGAGUAACAAGGUACUCUCCAGUGCGUAGUUUCGCGCCCUCCCGCGCAUACCCUUAUCGUCCUCCCCGAAACCCUCCAGCGGUUCUUCAAGAGGAACAACAGCCCAGAGCCAGGCCGCCAUCGCCCAAUUACUCCCCCAUCCAGGAUUCAUCUAAUCCCAGCUACUCGCCGGUCAGGACCCCGGAAGAUCUUCCUUCCAUACCGGAAGAACGAAGACCCAUAGAACAAAGCACAGAAACUGAGGCUGGUCCAUCCAACCCAGGUCAAGUUCUGGAUCCCCCUGAACCAAAUUUCUACCCGGAACCAGAGGACCUAGUCUUACCAAGCAGUAUCCAACCCCUCGCAGGACUAACAGACGAAGAUUUUAUCGAGAUCUACGAAUACUUGCAGCGAGAUAAUUUCUUCAACAACCGCGAAUAAUAACC